AUGUGUGGCAUCCACGCAGCCAUCACCACGACCAUUCCUGCGAGCCUCCCUCCACACUUGAGACAGUCGCUUGCAAACCGCGGUCCUGAUCAUUUUGGUCAAAUCCACCGCGAGAUCCCCAGCGAUAAGGCAACCCUCCCGAUUCACCUCCUCUUCACCUCCACUGUCCUGGCACUGCGAGGAGACCAUAUUGCAAAGCAGCCCCUGGAGAGCUCCCCGGAUGAGUCGUCGGUCCUCUGCUGGAAUGGCGAAGCUUGGAGGUUCAAUGGCGAGUCUAUCGAUGGCAAUGACGGCGAAACGAUCAUUUCCAAACUUCAGGCUUCUCAGGCCUCUUCGCCUGAAGUCCGAGAGACCCAUGUCCUUGAGAUCUUGCGAAGCAUCGAGGGGCCAUUCGCAUUCAUCUACUUCGACUCUACGAGUAGCCGGCUGUAUUACGGCCGAGAUCGCCUUGGCAGGCGGUCACUCCUGCUGAAGCGCUCGUCAGACGGAGACUCGAUCUCACUAUCAAGCAUCGCGGACGUGCCGACUGCUGGCUGGGAAGAAGUCGAGGCCGUCGGCAUCUAUGCUCUACAUUUGGGAGAUCCCGAAGACUCGUCGGAUGGGCUCUGCUCGGAAAGCCGUAUCGCCAAAUAUGACUGGCUGCCAUCUGGCAGAGCCGAAAUGGUCUCGAGUAUCGGCGAAUUCAACAUGUCAUUACCGCCGCAAAAUCACAGAUUGGACUUUGACUCGGCUUCACUGGGUAUCCUUAAGCACUGGCUGGUUGAAUCGCUUAGGUUGCGGGUGUUGAACGUCCCAGAGCCGCCUAACCCAGCUUCCGACGUCGACAUAAGAAUCGCUGUUCUCUUUUCUGGUGGUAUAGAUUGCACCAUUCUUGCGAGACUUGCUCACGACUUACUACCCCCAAACCAAGGCAUUGACCUCAUCAACGUUGCCUUCGAGAACCCACGGCAGGUUUCGUUAGAGAAGCGACAGCCGCAUCUCCGCGCCGCAGACAUAUAUGAGGGUUGCCCUGAUAGAGCUACUGGGCGAAAAGCGUUCGCGGAGCUUAAGGCUACCUGUCUAGGUCGAUACUGGCGAUUCAUUGCGGUCAAUGUCCCAUUUCAAGAUGCCAUGGCGCACAAGACAAAAGUCAUGUCCCUUAUCCACCCUCAUGACACUGAGAUGGACCUGUCCAUCGCCUUCGCGUUGUACUUUGCAGCAAGAGGCAUGGGGGACGGCUACACUGAGAAUCCCGAUUGGCAACCAUCACCACCAGUCGUCACUACUCCUGCACGCGUUCUUCUCUCUGGUCUCGGUGCAGAUGAACUUUUCGGCGGUUAUUCAAGGCACGAGGCGGCAUUCAAGAGAGGAGGCUACCCCAGCUUAAUCGACGAACUGAAGCUGGAUGUCAGUCGCAUCGGGCAGAGGAACCUUGGUCGCGAUGAUCGGAUCAUGGCUCAUUGGGGCAAGGAAGUACGCUUCCCGUAUCUAGAUGAAGAGUUCGUCAGAUUUGCCAUCGGCAGUCCAGUAUGGGAGAAAUGCGAUUUUCAGAAUCAGUUUCACCCUGCUGUCAUCGACCCUGCGAAGCGGAUACUCAGACUUAUGGCUGAUCAGCUUAGCCUACCAAUAGCUGCACGCCAGAAGAAGAAGGCGAUUCAAUUCGGCUCGCGAACUGCAAAGAUGGAGAGCACCACCGGCAGAAUCCGUGGCACAGCGCCCGUCACCAUGAACGGCUCUUCUGAUACCUGA